AUGUCUCAGAACCCAGAAUAUGUGUAUUGCACCAUCUGUGGUAUGCUCCUUGAGGACGACUGCAUCGUUCUACGAGGCCCCCACUGGCCAGACGCCAACGCUCGCACAGUCACCGACCAAGAAAUAACCCGCUACACGGGCGAAGCAGACAGCUGCUACGGUAAAAUCCACAUCCUACCCGACCGUGAGCGCAUCUACCCUCAAGAAACAACCGACGAGGAUGACGAGCAUGUCGGGGACGGCCCUUCUGCCAAGAUGUACCAUGGCAUCCACCCAGCCUGCGAAGAUCUCGCCAAUCGCGUCAUCGCAACCUCUCCCAAUGCUAAAAUUAGUGGCGUCGGGGAUUUGUUCCUGACGCUUGAGCGACGCUGUGCAAGUUAUCACUCUCAGAAUGGACGUCAGAGGUCGCUUCGGAGGCGUAGGGAUGAUAAUUUUGUUCCCCCCAUUUUCAACGAAGACAAGAAUGCCUUCACAUACGAUGGAUAUUACGUUCCGGUGAAUUGUAUCGACCAAUGGGGUGAUGAAUGGGCAGGAUGGUGGGAUGAGGAUCCCGUCAACAUCCCUGACCUUACCACCCGUCUCAUCUCCAACCUCGAGAAGGCACCCGAGUCGAGCAGCAGUCAGAAACCCAUGGAUGAUACCCCCAAUGAGAUCAACGACCACAUCCGCGGUUUUGUGCAAGGUCCCCUUCCGUUGGAAUGCACCUACCUAAUGCCUCAAUCCCAAUGGGCAGAAGUUUUCUUCCGUAUUCCUUUCCUGUGGGAUCUUGACAUGGAGAUCAUCCGCGAGAAGACAGGUUCCAGCAAGGAAGAUCUCGAGAAGUGGAACUGGGAGAAACUCACUCGGCAGAUCAUGUGCCCUGUGCCAUCCAUGGCCGAUGCUGAGGAUGAGGAGGAUGCGUGGGAUCAUUCCAAGGUUGGACUUGAGGAUAUCCCGGGUGGGUUGACCAAUCGGCGACGGAUUUGGCAGGUUCUCGAAGAAAUGCGCCCGGAGACUGAACUACGGGGUUAG